AUGUAUACAAUGGCAAUCUAGAAAUCAAUUAACUUAUGAAAAAAAGACCAUUAAUUGCCUUUCUUCGUGGUUGACGCGAUAUGGCAUGGCGGACAGCUCGUGUUAACACCCUCUGACACAACGCCGUUUUACUCGCACACAGAGCGCGAACUGAAGGCUGAAGGAGAAAGCAAAAGGAAGAAUGAGCUGAUUGUAGCUGGGCUUGUGGUAGAAGCUACAAAUCAAGAAAGGCUGGCUGGAAGAUGCCAAGAAGAAAACAACAGAAUCCACAACCUGUAAAGUUGGAUUCUGAAGAUGGUGUAAGCAUUAAUCCAGCAACAACACUUACUUUUGAGAGUGACUUCCUUCUGGGCCAAGACCUUGACUUCACAGAUGCUGAUCACAGCAAAAUCUUAGGUCUGGAGAAGUUUUCAGCUAAUAUCAAUCUGCCUAGUUUUCAACUGGGUGACGAAGAGAGCUCCUCCUUCAGCCACCUCAGCAUGGAGAGUGACACCCACGACCUCCGCACUGCUGAGAACGAUCAAGAGGGUGGGAGACCCCAGCCCGCAUUCCCCCUCUAUGUCUCCUGCAGGGGGUGCGGUCAGCUCCUCGAUGAGGACGAGCAUUUGUGUCUACGCUGCGCGAAACGGGAUGGACCCAGCAGGAGCGUUCAUGUAGGAACCCAGUCUGCGUUUAAAGGAGCCGAGGGAGAGGGAUCAGGAUCCGAGAAUGGCCAGCAGAAGCUGAACGCUUGUCCGCUGUGUGGCUUCUCCUCGCGUUACACCAACCAUGUCAAGAGGCACAUGAAGACGCACAAUGGCGAGAAGCCAUACCGCUGCUCGCUGUGCUCCUACGCUUCCGCACAGUUAGUCAACCUGCAGCGCCACUUGCGCAUCCACACAGGAGAAAAACCUUACAAGUGUGAGCACUGCACCUUUGCCUGCAGUUCCCUGGGCAACCUGAAGAGACACCAGCGCAUGCACGCUGUCGCAAGUCCUGCUCAGAAUGCACACCAGUCAAUACACGUUGCUGUAAAUCCAGGCCCAAAUACACACCCGAGUAUGCACACGGUCACAAAUACUGCACAGAAUACACAGCGGAUGAUGAGCGGCCUCAGCCUUCGAGGGCCUGUUGGAUGCCCAAGCCUGAAAGAGGACGCUCCCCGUGCCUCGAGGGAAGUGCUUCAAGCCUCAGAAAUAAAAGGGAAUUUGAGCAUUAGCAACGACAGCGGCUUUCUCAAGGCUUUUUCGAGGCUUAAGUCAGAGCAGCAGUCGUGCACACGGGCACAGCCUGGUGUCCUACCUCCUCUGCUCUUCCCUUUCACAUGCAGGCUUUGUGGCCUGGUCCUGGAUGGUGAGGAUGGGUCAUCAGCACAAAUCUGUGCCAAGUGCACGCUGGAAAUGCUGACUAAAGAUGCAGCAGGGAGCGCCAACGAGCGUGGACACAGAGGGGACCGAGUGUACACGUGUGCUGCCUGCCCCUUUCUCACACACUACCCCAACCACCUGGCCCGGCACAUGAAGACGCACAGCGGCGAGAAGCCCUAUAAGUGCCCACAGUGUCCGUACGCCUCUGCCCAUUUCGACAACCUUAAGCGGCACCACCGUGUGCACACGGGCGAAAAGCCCUACAAGUGCCACCUGUGCGAUUACGCCUGCGGUAAUUUGGCAAACCUAAAGCGGCACCAGCGGGUCCACUCGGGCGCCAAACCCUUCCAGUGUACCGUGUGCAGCUAUAGCUGCAACCAGAGCAUGAACCUAAAGCGGCACAUGCUGCGUCACACAGGUGAAAAGCCACACAAGUGCCAUGCGUGCACGUACACCACAGGCCACUGGGACAAUUACAAGCGGCACCAGAAGAAGCACGUAGCAGGAACCGAAGAGUGGGAUAAAGUGCCGCUGCCUGCCAACGAGGAUGAGGCAGAGAUUGAUGAUGAUGAGGAAGAAGAAGUGUGAGCCUUGCAAUAGUUGGAACAAUAGUAGUAUGAUGAGUUUAUUUAAAACUGAGAUAAAGUGUUACACUACCAGCAGAAGCUUAGUUCUUGUUUUUUUUUUUUUUUUCUCCUUUGUGUCAUUGUUUCUUGAAUAGGUUCAAGCUGCUAAUCGGACUUGUGCACACGAUUAAAAAAAAAAAAAAAGAAAGUUAGUUUUCAUGAUCUUUAGAUGAAUAUUUCAAGACUCUGGAUCAGAGUGCCCUUGUUGCUUCGGUGCCAUGCAGACUUUUUCGUAAUACUACCUAGAUGAAAUCCAGUUCCUUCUUUAGUCUAUAGGUUACAUGGAUGUUCAUUGACCUGCAGUGCCACAGAAUCGUCUUUACUCAACGAACCCGCCGUGGUUCCUCCGAGGCCUUUGCUGCUCAUAUGGAUGGAUAGUUUUAAAACCUUCUACAUCCCAUUACAGUGCCAAAACUGAGUCCUAACCACUGCGGCUUCUGCAACUACAAACGUCAUUUUAUUUACUGGUGACAGUGUUGCUCCUUGGUUGUAUGUCUUAACUGUGAAAUUGUCUGAUGUUUAAAUAGUGCGUAGUAAGCAUUAGAUUGUCAUGAUUUAUGUAAAGCACUUAUUUUUGUAUGUGUUUGUUUAAAAGAAUGUUUGGCAUGCAUUUGCCAUAAGUGGCAUUAAAACUUAAAAGAAAAGGGACCAUGAAUUUCAUAUGCAGUUUAUAACCUUCAGGUUGCCAAGAAAUGCUCGAGAUGGAUUCCUUUCGAUGUGUGGUGCUUAAGUGCUCUCUUGUAAUUAUGCAGUCGUUUCAUAAUUGCCUUAAAUAUCCUGGAAUAAAGUACUCUGUGGUGAGA